UAAAGGCGCCAUCAGAAGAUGAAGCAGUGUAUGUGAAUCGAAAAGGUUUUCACAGUAUAAAUGUUCAAAUUGUCAUUGAUGCUUUUGACAAAAUAACAAAUAUUGUUGCACGUUGGCCUGGAAGUGUGCAUGACAGUAGAAUUCUCAAUAACAGUGGUCUGCGCCAGAUGUUUGGGGACGGGCAUAUUCCCUUUAGAGGCAGAUAUCACAUUCUGGGCGACAGUGGAUAUGCAUGUUCAGAAUGGCUGCUUACACCAUAUCUGAAUCCACAGCCAGGUAGUCAGAGUGCCUACAACAGAUCAUUGAAGAUUACACGGGCAAAAGUAGAAAGAGGAAUCGGACAACUGAAAAGAAGGUGGGGUGUGUUACAUGGUGAAGUUAGAAUGAAACCAGAAAGAGUCUGCAGGAUUAUCAUCUCCUGUGCAGUGUUGCAUAACAUCUGCAAAGACCUGAACAUUCCGAUACCUGAUGAUUAUCCAGUAAUACAGGAAGAUGAUCAGAACAAUGAUAACAACAAUAUGAAUGCAGGAGUUGCACAAAAUGGACUGCGAUACCGGGAUCAAAUUGCUAAUACAUACUUUUAG